AUGGAAAGACUAAAUUGUUACAUGUGUCAACAAUUAGUUUCUGGUGGAUUGAAUGGUUUAGUUCGGCAUUUUAUAUCCAUCCAUGGGCUUACAAUUAAUCGUGGUGUAGGCAAUGCAGGUUUUAAAUGUGGACAAAGUGGUUGUCAACGUACUUUUAUACACUUUUAUACGUUGAGAAGGCAUAUUAGAAACUAUCACUUGCAUGAAAGAAAUACUGAACUUGAACAAGAGAGAGAGAGAGAGGGCCUGCACAACGAUAACAAUAAUGAUGAAGAUUUUGAUCUACAAAAGUUAGUGAUUAGAAUGAUUGCGAAAUUCCAAUGUAAUGGUUCAAUGACAGGGCACCUGUUGACACAGAUUCUUGACGAAUGCGAAAAACUUUUACUUACUGUCCGAGAUUUCGUGAAGAAAAAAGUCAGAAAGAUUUUUGAAGACAAUAACAUGCUACAUGACGAUGUUUCAAAAGAUGUCUUACAAGUGUUAGAGUUCGAUAGUCCUUUUGAACAAAUGAGAACAUUGGAUGAACAAAUUAAUGCUUUGAAAAAGCAUUGCGGAUAUAUUGAGCCCAUAGAAAUCCUUCUUGGAUAUCGCCUUGAUAGUAAACUUGAUAGUAAAACAGCCACGUACAUACCAAAAAUGAUUAUGGAGACUUGUCAAUAUAUUCCUAUCAUUGAUUCUCUGAAAUUGGUGCUGUCAAACGAAGAUGUGCGACAAGCUAUUCUGUCAGAAAGAAAAUCAAUUGAUGACAAUAUAUUAGCUUCAUUUCUAGAUGGUCAGCAUGCUACAAUUCAUCCUUUUCUCCUGCAACAUAAACACGCUUUAAGAAUCCAGUUAUAUUAUGACGAAUUAGAAAUUGUCAACCCAUUGGGAUCGAAGACAGGUGUGCAUAAGUUAGGAGCUUUUUAUUACACAAUUCAAAAUUUGCCACCGCAUAUAAAUUCAGAACUUAGUAGCAUACAUGUUCUGCUUCUUUGUUGUGAUUCGGAUGUAAAAAAGUAUGGAUUUAAAAAGAUACUUGCUCCGUUUUUGCAAGACUUAGUUAAGUUAGAGGGCGAUAAAGGAAUACCCAUAGAAAUUGGACCUCAUCAAUUUAUACUUCGCGGAUUUUUAGCUGCUUUUGUUGGGGAUGGACUUUCUGUUCAUGAUGUAUAUAAUCUUCUUGGGCCAUCAGCCAAUAAGUUUUGUCGAAUGUGCUUGUAUAGAGUAUAUUGUAUAGAGUAUUGUGCAGAGCCGAUUUACAUGCUGAUUCUGUUGAAACAGCACAACCAAGAACUGAAGAGGUUUUUAAUGAACAUCUUGCUCUCUUAG